AUGGCUGAAGAGAAUUUUACAGUUGUCACUGAAUUUAUUAUUUUAGGACUGACAGACUGGGCUGAACUGAAAGUUGUGCUUUUUAUGUUGUUCCUGGUGAUUUAUGCUGUUACUUUGGUGGGGAAUCUGGGCAUGACCUUGUUAAUCCACAUCGCACCUAAGCUCCACACUCCCAUGUACGUUUUCCUCAGCUGCCCUUCAUUUGUGGAUGCCUGCUACUCAUCUGCCAUAGCACCCAAGAUGCUGACCAACCUCGUGGUUGUGAAGGGAACCAUCUCUGCUUGCAUGGCACAGCAUUUAUGUUUUGGGAUCUUUGUGACCGCAGAAGGAUUCUUGCUAUUGGUAAUGGCGUACGACAAUUAUGUCGUCAUGGUGAAUCCUUUGCUUUAUACUAUAGCCAUGCCUAAGAGGAAAUGUGCAGGAGUCUAUGUGCCACUCAUCACUGCUUCUUAUGUUGGUGGCAUUGUGAAUGCUUCUGUGGACACAGUGGACAAAUUUAGCCUGUACUUCUGUGCGUCCAAUGAAAUUAAACAUGUCUUUUGUGACAUCCCUCCUCUCCUUGCUCUUUCUUGCUCUGACACUCACACAAACCAGCUUCUACUCUUCUACUUCAUGGGCUCUAUUGAGAUAGUCACUAUCCUUAUUGUCCUGAUCUAUAGCUUCAUUCUGCUGGCCAUUCUGAGGAUGCAUUUUUCUGAAGGGAGAAGGAAAGCCUUUUCUACAUGUGGCUUUCACCUAACUGCAGUGUCUAUUUACCAUGGAACCUUCCUCUUCAUGUAUGUGAGACUGAGUUUUAGCUAUGCCUUGGACCAUGACAUGAUAGUGUCUGUAUUUUACAGCAUCGUGAUUCCCAUGCAGAAUCCAAUCAUUUAUAGUUUAAGGAACAAAGAUGUCAAAGAGGCCAUGAAGAGAGUGUUUGGGAAACAUUGGUUUAUUAAUAAAGUGUAUUUUUCAAAUUAACCAGUAAAU